AUGUCAAGCUGUUUGACAGUCUUAGUCAGGGAGAUCACGUGUGGCAUGAUGAUGUGUUGGAAGUCAGCGGAUGGUGGGAAGGCGAUGUUGGUGAUGGUCCCCUUGAAGGCUGAAGUCAAGUCUCCGAGAACUCAAGCUACCUCUUCACGGGCGAGGAACGCAUCUUCAUUGAGGAAGAAGCCAAAGCUCCCAGUAGGAGUUGUUCCCGUCUCAUCUGCCAGGGUCAAGCAUCUUGUUGGCGCAGACAGUAAGAAGAUUGGCGGUAUGCGCAACAUAAGGGAUGCUCCCUUAAGCCUCUUGCUGACGAGCUUAGAGAUCAUGAUCUGCUCCGCGAAGUGGUCCGUGCGCGAUCUAGCUCACCUGUUGAAAACAAAAGAGAUGUGGAUGUUCCUCCCCGAAGUUCGGGUCGUUUGCACCAGUCGAAGAGUGGAGGUCGAUGUGGGAGGUCUGCUCAUCUAUCCAACCGUCAUGAUCCAACUAUUGAGUCACGAGUAG